AUGCCUAACUUAAAACUUAAUGAUCACCAUCGUUGGUUAAUAGUUGAAAGGAUACUAGAAGGUUUAUCAUGUAGGAUAAUAGCAAGACAAUUUAAUAUCAGCAAGUCUUCUGUUCCAGAGUUUUUAUACAUUUUAAAAAGUAUGGAGCCAUACAUCAGCUUGGCUAUAUAUACGAACAAGUAA